CGCACCAUCCACUUCUCGCGUGUUUGCGGCGCGCGCACGUCCUCCUAUCUUUCAGGGGCGCAGAGGGAAACAUGGCCGACGUGGUAGAGGCGGACGGAGAGAAACUCAGCAAAAAGUGUGCCUGCUGCUGUCUGUGGUAGCUCAGCAUGCUGUGUCUGGUCAGGGCAGCCAGGCAGCAGCUGUGCCGCGCCUGUGGUGUCAGGGGACAGUGGUUAAAAUGUGCGUCCCCACGUACAGCUGCAGUCCCGGCUCAAUUUUACGGAAACCAAUCAAGAGGUGACAAAAGUGAGCUGAAGAGACGAAUGAAAGCUGAGAAGAAGGCAGCCGAGAAAGAUGCCAAGGUCAAAGAGCAGGUGGAGCUCAAGAAAGAAUCCAAUGAGGGAGCGCACAAUGUCGGUGGGCUGGAUGAGGAGACUCUCGACCCAAAUCAAUACUUCAAGAUCCGCUCCCAGGCCAUCCAGGAACUAAAGGGCACAGCUGAGGACCCGUACCCACACAAGUACCAUGUAGACCUGUCACUCACAGAUUUCAUUGAGAAAUACAAUCAUCUACAGUCAGGAGACCAGCUGACGGAUGUUUUUCUCAAUGUGACAGGUCGCGUCCAUGCCAAGAGGGAGUCUGGGGCCAAGCUGAUCUUCUAUGACCUGCGAGGAGAAGGCGUCAAGCUGCAGGUUAUGGCAAACUCAAGAAACUAUAAGUCUGAGGAAGCCUUUGUAGCCAUCAACAACAAACUACGCCGUGGUGACAUCAUCGGCGUCCGUGGGAACCCGGGGAAGACUAAAAAAGGGGAGUUGAGCAUCAUUCCCGUCGAGCUGACCCUGCUGUCUCCUUGUUUGCACAUGCUGCCCCACCUCCACUUUGGCCUCAAAGACAAGGAAACCCGAUUCCGCCAGCGCUACUUGGAUCUGAUCCUCAACGACUACGUGAGGCAGAAGUUUAUCACUCGCUCCAAGAUCAUCACCUAUCUGCGUAGUUUCCUGGAUCAGCUCGGAUUUUUAGAGAUUGAGACACCGAUGAUGAACAUUAUUCCUGGUGGAGCAGUGGCUCGUCCAUUUGUUACUUACCACAACGACCUGGAUAUGAACCUGUUCAUGAGGAUUGCUCCUGAGCUCUACCACAAGAUGCUUGUGGUUGGUGGAAUAGACAGAGUGUACGAGAUUGGUCGUCAAUUCAGGAAUGAAGGCAUCGACCUGACUCAUAAUCCAGAGUUCACUACCUGUGAAUUCUACAUGGCUUAUGCAGAUUACAAUGACUUGAUGGAAAUCACAGAGAAACUUCUCUCAGGAAUGGUGAAGCACAUCACCGGAGGAUACAAGGUGAUGUAUCACCCUGAUGGUCCAGAGGGUCAGGCCUAUGAGAUUGACUUCACUCCCCCAUUCAGAAGAGUGAGCAUGACCCACGACCUGGAGAAGAUCAUGGGAGUUAAAUUCCCUCCAACUGACAGCUACGACAGUGAUGAGACACGUAAAUUCUUUGACGUCCUGUGCGCACAGAAAGGAGUCGAAUGUCCCCCACCCAGGACUACUGCCCGCCUCCUUGACAAGUUGGUUGGAGAUUACCUUGAGGUCACGUGCAUCAAUCCCACAUUCAUCUGCGAUCACCCUCAAAUCAUGAGUCCCUUAGCGAAAUGGCACAGAACCCACAAAGGCCUGACUGAGCGGUUUGAGCUCUUUGUGAUGAAGAAGGAAGUCUGCAAUGCUUACACUGAGUUGAAUGAUCCAAUUAGGCAGAGGGAGCUGUUUGAGCAGCAAGCCAUGGCCAAAGCGGAGGGUGACGAUGAAGCCAUGUUCAUUGAUGAGACCUUCUGCACAGCUCUGGAGUAUGGUCUGCCACCAACCGCUGGCUGGGGAAUGGGCAUCGAUCGUCUCACCAUGUUCCUGACAGACUCCAACAACAUCAAGGAGGUGCUGCUCUUCCCUGCCAUGAAGCCUGACGACAACAAGACUUCAGCACCCGUAGACGGCACGUCUGUCUAAUGACAUGACCUCACGUGACCUCUGAUCUGAGCAGGAGUCAGUAUCAAAACCUUCACCUCACUGUGGUCAUCAGUGGAAUCUCCAGGGUUUUGUGUUUUAUCAAUGUUAGUCUGUCACAGGUCACAUAAUUGCUGUUAAGGGAAACCAUCCUGUGUCAGUGAGACUUUUUCUUUCUCUCAUGUUUUUCUUACUUUCAUGGACACAUUCUGAUCCUAAAUAGUCAUCCAGACUGUAAAUUCUAUCAUGUGACCUGAAGUAUGCAGACCUGGAGGAAAUAUAUGUUGAGAUACUUCAAAUGGUGCUUGAUUGGUGUUGCCAAAUACACAGAUUAGAUGCAUCACAUUACAACAAAGCUCUAGCUCCUGAUAACGCUUGAAGUUUCCUCAGUCUAACCAUCUGUUUUUACCAGGUCUGCUCUUUUACUUGUUUGAUUCUACAAAAUCUAAAUUCCUCUGCCAAGACAUUUUAAACAUGAUUAAAUCUGAAUAAAGGGCAAAUGAAUCUA